UUAAUUUCAAUAUCGCGAAGUGCUUAAUUUUUUUCAAGAGAUAAGUGUCAUAUCUCAAGAAUCGAAUUCGACGAUUGUUGUAUGGAACGAGUGAAUCACGCGUAUAUUACAUCUGAUGCAGAAUAUUGGUGUAAUCUGUUUCUCUCGUUUAAGAAACAAGUUAAAGCAGAUUCCAGGAACAUGCAUUAAUGUUGAAGUGUGAAUCAUACCAAUUACGUUACACUGGUUAUACAUCGAGAAUCAUAUUUCGAUCAUGGAGGUUAUUGAUAUCAAUUAAUGUUAAUGGAAUUACAUGUACGAUUAAUGAAAGUUGGAUAGUGUUGAUAAAUUUAUUUAGUGAAAAUACGAUUGAAAACACAUUGUUGUAUCAUGGAGAAAUUUAUGAUCGACUUAGACAAAGUCCUCAAUGAUUUUGAAUUCAACGAAGAUUGCGCAGAGCAAAUAGCGUCAGUCGCAACUUCUACGAUUAAAGCUUCAGCUGUGGAGAAACAUAAUGAAUCUGUGGUUCCGAAAAUAUGUAACUUUAAUCCUGAGAAAGGCGUAACAAUCGAUGUAGUACCGUCUGUUGAAAACUAUGGAGAUACUCAACCAAUAGACAUUGACUCCAAAUAUUCAUUAACUGAAAAGGAAAUAGUAUUUAUGUCGGAGAGUAGAGAAUCCGUAAAUAAUUUCUAUGCACAUGAUCGUAUAAAUGAUAUUACAAUUGGGCAGAAAUCAUGUGUUCAUACUUAUACUGAUUUUGAUGAAGUGUCUUCAACGAUGUAUAAUAAUACAUCACAAAACUCGACCCAGGAACAACAGAAUGCAAGUAGUGAUUCGAAAGAUGGUGAUAGAUAUGACAAAAAAUUAAAUCAAUCAAAUUUCAAGCCUAGUAUCAGCAAUGUGUUUAAUAGUUUGAACGAAUAUAUUAAUGCUCCUACUGGAAGUUUAAAUUAUGUUGAACCUGUAUUAGAUAAAGACGAUUUAUUUGGAAGAUCCAUAGAUGAUGCAGUGGAGAAAGAUUUUAAAUCAAACAGAGAUGUGAUCAUUAAUGAACUUUCUUCAAUUUCAAUGGAGAAAGGGAUAAUUAAUGUAAUUGACAAAAAUAUUUUGGAUCAUAAAAAUAUUUUACCGAUGGAAUUAAGUAAGUUCGUCAAAGUUGAAAUUAAUAACAAACAGGAUAAUACAAUGCAAAAUAUUAUGUUUCAUCAUCCUAUUUCGGUACAAUCUGAAGAAAAUAAUUCUAUAAUUUCUGCACCAAACACGGCCAUCUCGAAUUAUAAUGAUGUAAUAGAUACGGAAUUGUCUAGUAAUAAAGAUGAUAUAGAUAAAAAGGUCAUAGCUAAUGAUACAUUUGAAGAAAAUUCUGACAAAUUUAUUAGCAAACAAAAGCAGUUAGACUUGAAUAGGCGAAAUUUCAUCGACAAAUACACAUUUGUUGAAAAUAAAGAAAGCAUAGUAGAGACUAAAAAGUUGGAUAAAAAUAUAACAAGCAGUGAAAAUCCAGAUAAUAAUAUAGAAACAACUAAAAGUGACAUUUUCUCUAAUGUACGUAUGGUACGUACAAUUAAUACCAGCGACGACUUUUCUGAAGAAGAAUUAAAUCAGUAUUUAUUAGAGUUAGAGAGAGAAGAAAGAUCUAAAACGGAUAAUAUAUCACUUUUGGAUAAUACCUGGUUACAAUCAUAUGAAUUGAGAAGAGAUAGAGAAAAGAAUGCCAAUCAUUGUCAACGAGAUGACGAAGAUGUUAAUGAAGCACCAAUAUUUGAGAAAAUUAUGAUAGGCGAACUUCCAAAAAUAUCACAGGAGGAAUUUCAGAAGACGAAAAAAUUUCCUGUAAUUGAUUAUAAUACGGAUAUAUGUAAUGAAAAUAUAGUAGAUGUAAAAUGCAAUAAUACAGUAAAAUUCGAUUUAAAAAGUAAUCAACUAAAAUAUACAAAAAGUAAUGAGCUUUAUAAAACGACAAAAGAUAACCAUGUAACUGAAAUAAUCGGUGAAGAUGUAGCAAUACAAGAGAAUACCUUGCAAACAUGUAUCGCUGUUCAAGAGAAAAUUUCAUUGAAAUUUGAAAAUAUUGGAGAACAGUUGUGUAGUAACAAUAUGGUACAGAAAUUACAACAAGAUUCUAAUAGAGACAUUCUAUCACAAGAUUAUAACAGCGAUACUUUAUUAAAUUUAUCAGAAAACAAAGAUCAUGGAAAAAAAAUAUACUGUCAAGAUAUUACUGAGAAUAAUAAAGAUGUUUUUGUGGUACAGGAGACCAGUGUAUAUGACAAUGAGAACAUAUCCAAGAUGGAAUGUAUAUCUAAAAUCAGUGAUGCUCAUACAAGAGGAAAUGAUCAAGAAUCCGAAAAACCGAUCCGUCCCCAGACAUUAGAUAUUGUAUUGACGCAUGAUAAAAAUGAUUCCCAUACAUUCGAAUCUUCGAGUACUGCACCAGAGGUACCAGAACACUCAGAAAUUGGUGUUGUUGAUGAAGAUCGCGGUGCUUCAUCGGAUGUUUCUGAUAACUCUUUAGUCGAAUGUAAUACAGUAUUGGGAAAACAGCCUCCAUUUUGGGUUCCAGAUAGUGAUGCACCUAGUUGUAUGUUGUGUGAUGUUAAAUUUACUGUACUUAAAAGACGUCAUCAUUGUCGUGCUUGCGGUAAAGUACUAUGUAACAAAUGUUGCAAUAUGAAAUACAAAUUAGAAUACCAAGGAAAUAUUGAUUCGCGCGUUUGUGUCUCGUGUUUUCAUCUACUCACAAAAGCAGAGAACGAACAGGGAAUAGGUGAUUGGUCAGCCAGCUAUAAUUCGUAUACCGACUGUGGCGAUGUUAAUUCCGUACAAGAGAGACAGCCUAAUCCAAAUAAUCCCAUGGAGUACUGUUCAACUGUACCACCUUUGCAACAAUUAGCUGGUGGUUUGCCACCACCACCAGCGGUGAUGGUACCUGUGGGUGUUCUAAAAAGAGAGGGUUCAAAACAUCGUGCAGAAGGACAAAAAUCUGUAAUAUUUAGUGAUGGAAUAAGGCCUGGCUGUGACCUGACAGAGUUAGACACGUGUUGGGACCCAAAACUACCAUACCGUAAGCAGGGAAAUAAACGGAUUUUUGCAUCGGGAUCUGUGUUGACGGACGCUGCAAUGAGAAGGCAAAAUCAUCCAUCUUUAGAUAGUACGACCAAUAGUUAUAUACCACAUGAUUCUAAUUUAUUUCCUCCGACUGUCACGAUACACAAAGGCCAAAUCAUGUACCAUCCACCUAUGGACGAAAGUGUGCUUUAUAAAACGCUGAAAAACGAAUGCGAACCGUCAGUAAUGUUUGCAAUUAAUCGUAAUCUUUACGCAUAUGUGAAAAUAACUAAUUUAAAUUGCUGCGUAAACAAGAUCUGCUGGAAUGUAACAUCAAGAGGUCUUGCUUGUAUCGGUCAGGAUGAAAUUAUUUUAUUAGUUGAAGUUUUGCCAGAUGAAACACGGAUUCCAAAGGACCUUCUCACAUACAUUAAUCAAUUAUAUCUCGAAGCUAUUAAAGGUAAUACAGUGACGGAACUCGGCUUCUCAGUAUAUCAAAGUACCAACCUAUUAUUAGGUUCACGCGAGCAUGUGGGAUUUCUUUUUAUUCGUCAGACAUUGCAAUGCUUACAAAAGAUUAUUUUACCACCUGCACCUUUCUUGAUUGGUCUGUUGGUUCACAGGUAA